UAGUCGUAGCGGCUUGUCUCUUCCGCCACCACCUCCUGGGAGUUUGGCCCUUGUCCCAGCCCCUACCCCUAACGUCCGUGCGGUGCUUCUGAGUGGCCGCUGAGCGCGCGCGUUCACAACCUACGAGGACCCGCGAGCUCCGCCGCCGUGAUGAACAUCCGCAAUGCUAGGGUGAGGUGAUGGGGAGCCAGCCUGUCCGCAUCGCGUGGGCUCCUUGCCAGGUGACCACGUGCACAUGCUACCGAGGGACCUGGUGCUGUGGCCCCCGCACGUCUGCGGCCGCUGGACCUUAAGCCCGAGGACCUGAUGAACAUGCAGCACUGCAACCUGCUCUGCCUGCCGGAAAACUACCAGAUGAAGUACUACUUCUACCACGGCCUGUCGUGGCCCCAGCUCUCUUACAUUGCUGAGGAUGAGAAUGGGAAGAUUGUGGGGUACGUCUUGGCCAAAAUGGAAGAGGAUCCAGAUGAUGUACCCCAUGGACAUAUCACCUCACUGGCUGUGAAACGUUCCCACCGGCGCCUUGGCCUUGCUCAGAAGCUGAUGGACCAGGCCUCUCGAGCUAUGAUAGAGAACUUCAACGCCAAAUAUGUCUCCCUGCAUGUCAGAAAGAGUAACCGGGCUGCCCUGCAUCUCUAUUCCAACACUCUCAACUUUCAGAUCAGUGAAGUGGAGCCCAAAUACUAUGCAGAUGGAGAAGAUGCAUAUGCAAUGAAGCGGGACCUUACACAGAUGGCUGAUGAGCUGAGACGGCACCUGGAGCUGAAGGAAAAGGGCAGGCACAUGGUGCUGGCGGCCAUGGAGAACAAGGCGGAGAGCAAAGGCAACAACAUGCUUCUGAGCUCGGGAGAGGCCUGUCGUGAGAAGGGCCUGGCUGCUGAGGAUAGUGGUGGGGACAGCAAGGACCUCAGCGAGGUCAGCGAGACCACAGAGAGCACAGAUGUCAAAGACAGCUCAGAGGCCUCUGACUCUGCCUCCUAGACCCUGCCCUACCUGGUUCAAGCCUCACCCCAUGUGCUUUUACAAUAAAUGUCACCCUGUGGCCUUGGGGAGUUUGUGAAUGUG